AUGGGCGUUAGCUGUAUUUUUUUCAUGUCUACUGGAGGGCUUGUUCUUGGCAUCAUUUACUGCACUGCAGGCUGCGCUCUUGGGUUUGUCCCCUUUGCCUUGUAUAAAACCCAGGAAAGAUUUUGGGGGAUAGUCUCCAUCAUUAGCAUUGUUUCCUUGAUGCUGCUCCUCAUCGCGAGCUUUGGUUAUUGCGUCUGGCUCCUACUCCAGACAUCUCGGGCACAAAAAGAGAUGAACAGCGUUGACGGCAGCCCCUUGGUUGUUCCCCUCUUAGGCAUGUAUGCUCAAAAGGCAGGCUUCGUCAGUGUACGCCGUCUACAAGAAACCAAAGUGUCUAAAGGCCUUGGUGUUAUACCGCUAUUUGAUGGGAGAACAAUGGGCUCUCGGGGAACUUCGGGGAAGCAGGCACUCCGGGCCUUGACAGGAGCAGGAGAUGAAGAGCCAGUUAGCACAACUAGUACGUCUGUCAGUUCCCGUUUGCUGGAAGACAGUGCAAAUAUUGAAGCAAGGCAGACGACUUCCGGAGAGCCAAUUAAGGAGAGUGCAAAUAGUGAGGCGGCUGUGCAACAUACUGAGUCAGGUCAUGUGGGUAACAGUUGGGAGUCGACGAGCGGUGAGGCACUGAAAAUGCCUGUUUCUGGAAAAACCAUGAGCGCCUUGGUUAGCACUGCCAAAAAGAAGGCAGAUAAGCUCCUUGUAGGAGGAGACUCUUCCUUUUACCCAGCUGUGCUGCGUCAGUCCUGGGAGUCGAGGCAGAACAUUUUUGUAAGCAAGGGAGAUUUGGAAUGCCUUAUAGAUAUGAAUUACGACAGUGGAAUUCUGCCACAAUCAGAAGCUCUCCUUCGUGCGCUUUUGGAUUGGGGGCUGUUCUGUGGAUACACUCGCUACUCUAUCGCGGUUCUCCGCAAGUGGCCUAUUAGCUGUUCAACGGACUGCAACUUCGACAAAUUAAACUUCAGCAGAUACAGGAACAAUGCGGAGAAGACUGACAAGCAAGCCAAGGAAUUUCUGGAGGCGCUGGAUAGCAUGGCUCCUGCACAAGCUGAGGCGUGCACGUUUCUUGCCACUGUGACCACAUGUAGAAUCAGCCAGCAGAACCUUGAUUCGGUAGCGACGACUACGAUGUGUAUAGCAAUCGUAGUGUCCCUUGCUAUAUUCUGCGCCGCCAUCAAAUGCCUUGCGGAUUGUGUCAAAUUUAUCAAAAACGACAACAAGAGAAUGCAGAGACUAGCUUCCAACCCUCCCUUUAGGCCUGGGUAA